AUUGUGGGCUUCAUUAAUGGGAGAUAACAACUUGAACUUGCCACCCGGUUUCCGAUUUUACCCCUCGGAUGAAGAGCUCGUCGUCCAUUUCCUCCAACGUAAGGCCUCACUUCUCCCAUGCCAUCCAGACGUCAUCCCGGAUCUUGAUCUUUACCCAUAUGACCCUUGGGACUUAGAUGGGAAAGCGAUGGUUGAAGGUGACAAGUGGUACUUUUACAGCCGGAGGACGCAGAGCAGGAUCACCGCAAGUGGGUACUGGCAAGUCAUAGGGAUUGAGGAGCCGAUUUACUCUUCAAACACCGGCCAAAAAAUCGGCAUGAAAAAGUACAGCUCUUUCUUCUAUGGCGAGCCUUCAGAAGGCGUUCGAACGAGUUGGAUUAUGCAGGAAUACAGACUGUCUGACUCUGGCUCCUCGACUCGUUCCUCUUCAAGAAGACGGAGUUCCAAGACUGAUUCCGGUAGAUGGGUUAUUUGUCGUGUGUACGAGAAGAACAGUGAUAGCGACGAUGAUGACGGGGCAGAGCUUUCUUGCUUGGAUCAAGUCUUUCUGUCUCUUGAUGAUCUUGAUGAAAUUAAUCAGCCGAAUUAUUAAUGAGCUAGAUUUGAGAGGUGCAUGAAGUUUAAUUUGAAGCAAUGUCCUCCCAAGGGCGACACCUGGAAAUUUAAGGUUCUUAUUAAGUGAAAAACCAUGCAAAAGGUAUACCACAAAGCAUUCGACAUAAAAAUAAGUUGCAUCCAAAUGAAGCGAAAAAAAUGGGGGUUGCUGAAGCCGAAGUGACCCACUGUUGCUUCAAAAUUCUGUACACUUGAGAAUGGGUUUGAUUUUGUUUGGGUUAUUCGCAC